AUGGCAGGAGGAAAGGACGGAGCGGUCCAGAGGGUGAUUUGUGAGGUGAGCACCGGGACCGGGUUCCCAAUGCUCACCAAGACCAACUACUCCGAUCGGGCACUGCUCAUGAAGGUCAAGCUCAGAGCCCGGUUGCUCUGGACAGCCAUUGAGAAAGGGGGCAUCGAACCCCACGAAGACAUGCAGGCGCUCGACGCGCUCUGCAGCGCCAUGCUGCCGGAAAUGUGGCCAGUGAUCGCGAACAAGGAGACGACCAAGGAGGCCUGGGAGGCUAUCGCCACCAUGCGGAUCGGCGAUGACUGCGUAAAGAAAGCGUCGGCUCAGAACUUGCGGCGGCAGUUCGACUCGGCGACGUUCAAGGAGGGAGAGUCUGUUGAGUACUACGCGCUGCAUCUCAACAGCAUGGCGUCGACUCUCAACACCCUCGGCGACAAGGUCGAAGAGACGCAGGUAGUGGAGAAGAUAAUCCGCAGUGUUCCCCAGUGUUUCAGGCAGAUCGUGGUCGCGAUCACGAUGCUGCUCGACGUGUCGACGCUCACUGUUGUGGAUUUGACAGGUCGGCUCAAGGCGGCGGAGGAUGCCUUCGAGGAACUGCCGUCGGCUAUGCACCACAACGGCAAGCUGCACCUGACUGAGGAAGAGUGGGAUGCACGGCGGAGGAAGCGUGAUAAUGAGAAAACUGGUGGUGGAGGUAGCAGCAGCGUGACGCACCGUGUCAGACAUGGGCGCGGGCGCGGGCGCGGCUGUGGCAGCGACAAGGGCUCGUCAUCAGGCGGCCUGACGUGCAACUCAGGCCGGCCCAGAGGUGAUGAGUGCAGGAGAUGCGGGAAGCUGGGCCACUGGGCCCGCGAGUGCCGCUCCAAGCCCAAGAAAGAGCAGGCCCACGUCGUCCAGAAUGAGGAGGAGGCCUCGCUCCUUCUCGUGAAGUCAACGACGGCCAAAUUGACGGCGCCGCCACCAACCUCCACUCCACCACGUUUUGCUGCGACUCCGCAGGCAGAGGAUCGGUCCGGCGUGCAAGCCCACCGCCGCCGGGAGCAAAAGGGGUCCCCGUCAAUGGAGGGGCCGCCAAAGAAGAGCGGAGGCCAGGCGCCUAGACCCAGAUCCACCUGCGGGAAGAGAAGGUGUUCGCCCACCUUGAAGAGGAGGAGCUGCAUGAUGAGGAGGCGUGGGUCGUGGACACGGGCGCCACGAACCACAUGUCGGGUUCCCGUACAGCUUUCACCGAGCUGGACACGAAGGUACUUGGGACGGUGCGGUUCGGCGACGACUCAGUGGCGCGGAUCGAAGGCCGGGGGGCAAUCGUGUUCCUGUGCAAGAACGGCGAGCACCGGUCCGUCGCGGGGGUGUAUUACAUUCCCCGACUGACGACGAACAUCGUCAGCGUCGGCCAACUCGAUGAGGCCAGGUACCAUAUCGACAUCGAGAAGGGGGCGAUGAAGAUCCAUGAGCUAGGCGGACGGCUCCUAGCAAAGGUCAUGCGCGGAGAGAACAGGCUGUACAUUCUCCACGCCAAGCUGGUUCGGCAGGUGUGCCUGGAGGCGCGGACAGUCGAAGAAGCUUGGAAAUGGCACGCGCGCCUCAGCCAUGUCAACAUGACCGCGCUGCGGAAGAUGGCUCGGGAGGAGCUGGUGCGUGGGUCGGCGGCGGUUGGUCCGGUGGACCAGCUGUGUGAGGUGUGUCUCACUGGCAAGCAAAAGCGGUCGCCGUUCCCCCAGUAG